AAUGGCUACGGGCGCUCUCCUGGACCCCGACCUGAGCCGUGGAUUGGAGGACCUGCCCAUCCCGGUGGUCAACGAGGUCGACGAUGAGCGUUUGACACCCGUACAGUACACGCCCGAGAACGUGGCAGGAGCCGGGGCGGAACUGGAUCCCGCGGAGGUCACGUUGCCCGGCUGCGAUUGCCUGGCGCCGUCCUGCGCACGGGCCUCGUGCGCCUGCCUGCAGCGCCACGGAGCGGCGUACGACGAGGGCGGCCGGCUGACCGUCACGGCCGCGGGCGCCGGACCCUCCCCGGCCCCCGUGUUCGAGUGCCACGUCAUGUGCAGGUGCGGGGAGACCUGUGCCAACAGGGUGGUGCAGAGGGGCUCGGCCUGGCCCCUGGAGGUCUUCAAGACCCCCGGGAAGGGCUGGGGGCUGCGCUCGGCGGCCCCCAUCAGGCGGGGAUGCUUCGUGUGCGAGUACGCGGGCGAGGUGCUGGGCCACGCGGAAGCUUCCGCCAGGGUCCGGGCUCAAGCUCCGGGCGACGCCAAUUACGUGAUCGCGGUGAGGGAGCACCUGAGCGGAGGCCGGACCCUGCAGACCUUCGUGGAUCCCAGCCGGGUGGGCAACGCCGGCCGCUACCUCAACCACUCGUGCCGCCCCAACCUGUACAUGGUGCCCGUGCGGGUGGGCGGCUGGCACCCCAGGCUGGCGCUCUUUGCCGCCCGCGACAUCCCGGCCCGCCAGGAGCUCUGCUACGAUUAUUCCGGAAGGUUCAACAACGACCGCGACGCAGACACAGACGCAGACGCCGCGAGGGCAGGGUUGAGCCCGGGGGAGUCGCGCCCGCCCUCGCCCGCGGACCGCAAGCCGUGCCUCUGCGGCUCGGAGGACUGCUCCGGCUUCCUGCCCUUCGACCCGUCCCUCUACCCGCCCGAGGGCGAGACGCUGUGACGAGACGUUUCGCACGAGACCCCGUGGAACCGAGUUGUCAGAGACGGACGUCCUUCGAAGAGACG